AUGACAUACAGGCAGCUUAAACGCAUCUGCAUUAGAGCAUCGGCUUGGAUGCUGCGUACUUUUACAAUUUCGGCUAGUACAUGCAAGACUCACCAAACACGGGACUGGUUUGAUUGGCAUGCAAGUAUCGAUCCUGAAAGGGAGAGCCUUCUCUUACAUGAGGAUAAACCACGCCUUGUUGCAGAGAAAACUCUAGUGGAUAUGUUCACAGCAAGCGGUGGUAUACAGUGGAACGACUUGGUUGAAAGGCUUCGAGAUGUGGAAUCUCCCCUGUCGCUCUUUGAUGGGCAUGAAGCACUACGCGAGCGAACUUACACCGGGACCACUAUCAUCAGGGUAAUACCGGCUAUCGCGCUUAUUGCAGUCUCACUUAACACUUAUGUGGCGCGUUCCAAUCUAUCUUGCGAAGGCGAUCUGUUCAUGGCAUUUAGAGCGUGGUCCUCCAAAGAACAGGAAUAUUGGAUGUCCAUGAGCCCAGGAUUCCGUGCAAAAUGGUGUACUAUAUGGGAAAGUACGGUCCAUCAUACUUCAAGAGCGAUGCGAAUUCCAUAUAUUAGAAGGGAAACGGUUUCCUUUAUCUGUGACGGAAGCCCAGCGGUUGACUCUGGAAAGAUCACCUGGGCCGCACACUGUCCUGGCAGCGAUGGACAGUCGAACAACGGGGAGCUUUUCGUUGAAGGGCGUAAAGUUUGCGCGCGCAGAGGGCAAUGCCUAACGAGCGAAAAUCUCUACAACACACUGCGUGAAUACUAUCUGGGCUCAUGCUCGUACGAGCCAUGGCACGCUUUGAUGCUCAAAGCCCUCACAGCUAUCCAUCGGGAGAGGAAAGCUAGUGAGAAGUACGCAACAUCAUUCUGGCGCAAAAUACAAGAAAAGGUUGAUGGACCAGAAACCAUUCCAGCCAUGCUGGAGAAAUAG